AUGCUGCCGCUGCCGCUGCAUGAAUAUGUUGUUGUUGUUGCUGUUGAUGCUGCUGUUGCUGCUGCUGUUGCUGCUGCUGUUGAUGCUGCUGUUGCUGCUGCUGUUGCUGCUGCUGUUGCUGCUGCUGUUGAUGCUGCUGUUGCUGCUGCUGUUGAUGCUGCUGUUGCUGUUGAUGUUGUUGAUGCUGCUGAUGAUUAUGAUGAUGAUGAUGGUGCAUGGGACCGCCACUCACGACAGAACCUGACGCGUGGCUCGGUGAUGGUAUUCCAGGCAGCCCGCUGCCACCACUACCACUGCCUAUAG